AUGGCGGAGGCAGAGGAACAGACACCCAAGGGUUUAUGGAAGGCCUUCUUCCGGAAAAGGACCGAUGCUGAUGGCGAGUACCAAAAUGACCAGAAGUCGAAAUGGAACAUGGGGAUGUUGAAUGAUAAAAAGACUAUAGAGGUCCCAGGGUCCGUGUUACUACUCGCCCAAGGCCGAAAUGAGCCGUUGGGCCUUCGAAACGCUCCGGCUAGGACAUCCCAUUCUUCUCUUCCUACAGGAAUCUUCCAGGACGCCCCACCGCCUCAACCCACUCGCAAGGAACAAGAUGACAAGAAAAAAACCAAAGAUGGGCAGAUUAUAUUGGAUCCCCAGCCUGACGACUCGCACAAUGACCCCCUGAACUGGCCGAUGUGGCGUCGAGAUUCUGCCUUGCUUUCGUUGGGGCUAUACUGCAUGGUUGGAGGUGGAAUUACACCUCUCAUCGCAGCCGGAUUUACCGACGUUGCACAUGAUUAUAAUAUCGAUGUUGCCGAUGUGUCGCUCACUACUGGACUGUAUAUGAUGGGCCUCGGGAUUGGCUCCGUGGUCUUCUCACCCACAGCGAUUCUAUACGGAAAACGUCCAGUCUACCUUUACAGCGCAAUACUCUUCAUCAUAUCGGCCGUGUGGUGUGCUCUAUCGCCAAAUUUUACGUCACUAAUAUUAGCCCGGAUAUUUCAGGGCAUUGCCGUGAGUCCUGUCGAGUGUCUCCCAUCAGCCACGAUUGCCGAGAUCUUCUUUUUACACGAACGGGCAUACCGUAUUGGUGUAUAUACCUUACUGUUGCUUGGUGGAAAGAACCUGGUUCCUCUCGUUAGUGCUGCUAUUAUUGAGCGUCUUGGAUGGCGCUGGGUGUUUUGGACGGUUGCGAUCAUUGUCGCACUUUGUGGCAGUUUGCUAUUCUUCUUCGCACCCGAGACGUUCUGGGACAGAUCCCCAAUACCAAGAUCACGCCGACAUUUGAAACGGCCUAGCCUGUUCAGUAGGAGAUCUUCGGCUCGACAGAUCUCAAAGUCGCACCUGAAUGAGAACGCUGUUCCCGAUAUGGAAAAACCCGCGGCGGGUACGAGUGAUGAGAAAACUGCAGAGGACCAUCAUGAGCCCACACCCUCAACCCCGCUACCACGACACAAGAAAGCGCAUGUUGGGUUCGCGCCUGGCUUUGAACAGGAAGAAAAAACUGACCCUGAAAAUGUUGGCGAUACCAUCGUCGCAACACCCACAGCGGAGCCUUCUACGAUACGAACAGGCGGUGGGGAUGGAUCUGAAGCCGAUGGUAACCAGGAGCCUACCGAAGUUACAGACAAGACCGAUGCUGCGUCUUACACUCCUCGUCCAAACGUAAGCCGCUCGCAGUCCGGUCUUAGUGCCCGGUCGCGGGUAAACUGGGAAGCCCCGGGCCGUUCUAUCCCGACAACACCAGAUAUGCGUAGUACCAACUCGCCAUAUUACAAGCAUCUCUCCGAUGAUUAUUUCCGUGUAGAAGAAGGACGGUUUUCUCACCCGCCGCCCGGAAUAGUCCAUUCCGAUACGGAAAGUGAGAAGAUGUCGUUUUCCAACUUAGCAACUAUCACUACGGGGCAGGCUUAUACGCAUGCGUUGCGAAACGCACCACCGAAAUCUUUUACUCAACAACUAAAGGUACAUUACGGGCGGCUUAAUCAAGACAAGUGGUGGAAAGCUGCCAUUCGUCCCCUGAUACUUUUUUCCUAUCCCGCAGUCUUAUGGUCCGCCGCGAUAUAUGCGUGUUCGAUUGGCUGGCUAAUUGUCAUCUCGGAGUCAGUUGCUGUUAUUUACCGGGAAGGCAGAUACCAAUUCAAUGCUUUGCAAACAGGCCUCGUUUACAUAUCGCCAUUCAUCGGCGGUGUUCUGGGGACAGCCGUGGCCGGUAAAGUUAGCGAUAUCAUUGUCAGAGCGAUGGCCCGUCGGAACGGCGGUCUUUAUGAGCCCGAGUUUCGACUUGUGAUGGCGGCACCGGUGGCGGUGACGACCGUUCUUGGGCUCAUGGGGUUUGGAUGGUCGGCUGGUGUAGACGACCCGUGGAUUGUCCCGACCAUAUUCUUCGGAGUGGUUUCAUUCGGCUGUUCGCUAGGCUCUACAACAUCCAUCACGUUUUGCGUCGACAGCUACAGACAGUACGCCGGCGAGGCGCUGGUUACACUGAAUUUCAGCAAGAACAUAUUCCACGGACUUGUAUUCAGUCUGUUCGUUACGGAAUGGCUUACUCAUGACGGAUCCAAGAUAGUCUUUAUCUGGUUUGGCGUCAUUCAGCUUAUCCUACUUUUCUUCACGAUACCCAUGUACAUCUACGGCAAGAGGGCUCGUAUGUGGACGGUGCGCAAGAAUUUCAUGGAAAAAUUCUAG